AUGCACAACUGCAUACGAUGUAGCAGUGAUAUGGUUUCCAAAGUGCACGACUGUUUGAAUUUUACACUCCGUCAAGAUGGGACGGCACUCUAUUUGUCUUGUUAUAAUGGCUACAAAGAAGUGGGGCAGUUGUUUUUGGAGAGGAAUGUCAAUGUGGAGACCGAAGUAAUC